AUGUCUGAAAAUUCAACAAUGAUAGAAUACGAACUUCCCGAAAAACAGACGGCUUCUCUCACAUUGCCGGCAUAUCGAGAGAUCCCUGAUGCAAUUCGGGUUGUGAAUUGCGGUUGCUUCGCCAAUGAUGGUCGGCAACCGUCGCCAACCAUGACGCUUCCCGCAUUUUUAAAGCGAGUGGUAAAUAAUAGGAAGCUCGAUAAGGAAGAUUGUGGCGCUUUGAUGAAAAUCCUGCAUCUCCGCCUCAAAAGGAUCGUCUUCUUCCUCGAAACCGAAGACGGAGAUAUAAAACUGAAUACGAAAAUCAAACAGGCCCGCAAAGAUGCCAAAAAGGCAUGCAAGGAGUCCGCCAAAACGGAAAAGAAGUCCCGCAAAGCCAAGAGAAGGGUCGAGAAGAUCGAAUCUAAGGCCUUUGUUGUAGACAGGAUGCUCAGCGAUGCCAAGAAGAAAACCGAUGCUGCAAUUGCAGAGAUUGAGGAAGCGAAGGACACUCACAGGCGCGCUGUGAGAUGGGCCGCAUCUGUUGGGCAGAGGUCUAAGGAAGCCAAGGCGGAGGCUCAGCAAGUGCGGGAACAGGCGAGUCUCGUUUAUAGCGAGGUAGAAUACUGUGAUCAUAUAGUUUGA